GCAUCUCUGCUUGACACAGCAAAGGAAAAAAAAAAACAAACAUAAUAUUAUAAUGUCUUGUGGAUUGCCUAAUAUCAAAUUUAUACAGUUCCGUUGACUUCAAGUAGCACCAAUUAUUUCAAUGGCUUGUAAUGGGUGUACGAAGCGUUUUGGACUAUUAUUGAGAGAACGCGGUUGCCCUUCUUGUAAAUAUUCGUUUUGCUCGAAAUGCCUAAGGUUUCGGAUAAUACUAGAUAACCAGCAUAAAGAUGUAUGCUUGCGAUGUCACGAACUCUCGAAAAAUGGCACUGUGGAAGCCAAAAACAUAGAUAACCAAAGCAGCGAUUCUUCUGUUCUGGAUGCUCCUAUUGAAUCGAAGUCCAGUACAAUAAUAUCAGCAACUGUACAUGCAAAACCGCUUGUUAACUCGAUAGUAGACGCGGAUGGCCAUAUUCGCAAGAGACUAGCUUCAUUGAAACAAAAUGCACACGAAACCAAGCAAGCGUCAACUUCUUCAGAAACAACAGUGAGUGAUAUAGAAAAACGACUUGCCGCGUUAAGAGGAGUAAAACAUAUAGAUUACACCGAAUCUAACAGAACUUUUUUCAUGCAAAGAGAUAACAGAAAUCAAGAGGAAAAAACAAUGGAUUUAUUGAAGCAGUUUACAGAGGAACAUCACAUGUACAAUGCCAUUAGCAACUAUCGAUUGGCUGCGAUCGAUGAUAUUGAAAAGCGUUUGUCUGCACUGAAAGACGAGCCAAAUGUUAGAGUUCACCAAACGUCUUCGGGCGUAACCCAAGAAGAAGAAAACGAAGAAAAGGCGGCUGAGGAGUUGGCUAAACAAUUUUUGGAAGAAGCAGCGAUCGAGUCCAAAAAGCAUGUAGGAAAUUGUGAUGGUGUGCUGAAUAGCCUGGAUAUUCCCGAUCCAAUAGAUCCGUCCGAACUGAAAGAACUACCGUGGUGUAUAAUUUGUAACGAAAAUGCUGUUAUACGAUGUAUCAGCUGCGGUGGCGACUUGUUCUGUCAUAGUUGCUUCAGAGAGUGUCAUGAUGACGAUGAUGAUUAUAGAACACACCAAACAAAGCUAUUUAAAUUCGUUCAGAAUGAAAAUUUUUAGUCAAAUUUUUGUUCAUGUUCAAUACUCACGGACUUCAUGGACAUGCAGUGCAAAUACUCAGUCAUUCAUAAAAAUCCAUAUUAAGAUAUUUGACGUUUAAGCCGAAUUUACACCUAUCCGAUCCGUUUCAGUGCCGGUUCAGUUCCGUGCACGGACGCCAAUAUUCUUUCAUACAAAUCAAAUGCAAGCGUUCACACUUAUCCGGCACGGCGCCGUCCGGGACAAGUGUGAAUGCUUGCAUUUGAAAACUAUCUAUAUAGUUUUGGGCGGUAUUGUUUAAGCCUUCUAAUGUUCUGCCCUUCACCAGGAUACCGAAAUCGUCAGCAUACUGAACUAGAAUAACAUCGUCAUCAUCUAUGUUAUGCAGACAUAGGGUGUAAAUGUUAAACAGCGUCGGUGAGAGGAUAUCACCUUGAGGUAACCCAUUGUUGAUGGUUCUCGAGAUAGUCGUUUCGCGUAUUUGUAGGCUUAAUCGUCUGUUCUGCAGAAAGCUCGCUAUCCAAGUGGUUAGUUCCGCUGGGACGUUCAGCUCGACGAGCGUGUUCUCCGGUAGGUUUGGUUUAACUGCGUUAAAUGCGUUGCUCAAAUCAACACAUUAGAGCUACUUUCAUGCUUUGUCGUUUGAAGCUUUUUACUGCGUUCAUCACAAAAGCCAGACCUGUGUUGGUAGAAAGACCUUUUCUGAAACCAAAAGAUGUUGUUGGUAGAAUGUUCUUUUCGUCCAUAAAUGUCUCUAAUCUCUCUAGAAUUGCUGUGUGGAUAACUUUUGUUAUUGUAGGCACCAGGCUGAUGGGCCUCUUUCCCGAUGGGCUUGUUAUGUUAUUGGCACUAUCCACGGUUGUGGAUCGUGUCGACCAAAGUGCUCGUCUAGGAAAGCCUCUGCAGCUUCUUUAUCAUCGUUCAUUACGUUGUUUUCCUUCUUUUUAAUCCGUUUUCCUGUCAGUCUUCCAACUUUCUCCCACAGCUCCUUGGAACUAGCGAAGGGGUUUAUCUCGUUUGGAAAUUCAUUUAUUUUAUUUUUUAUUUCUUCUCUCUUCAACCUUUGAAAGGCAGCAGCUCUCUUCUUGAAUUCUAUUAGAUUUGUUUGGCUCGAUAUUCUAAUAAAUUGCCUUCUCGCUUCUGUUUUCUUUAACCAAGCGUCUUCCACCUGCUCAUUCCACCAGUGUUUAGGUAUUUUAGUCAAAUUUUUGUUCAUGUUCAAUGUAAAUUUUAUUUGCUUUGCUUUAUGAUCACAAUAACUGUAAAUAUUUUCAUUUGUAGACUCACGGACUUCAUGGACAUGCAGUGCAAAUACUCAGUCAUUCAAAAAUCCAUAUUGAGAUAUUUGACGUUUAAGCCGAAUUUACACCUAUCCGAUCCGUUUCAGUGCCGGUUCAGUUCCGUGCACGGACG